AGGGGCCGCUUUGUUGACAGGAACUGUGUGGAACAGAAAUACCAUCAACUCCUUGUAAUUUAGACCGAUACAGCCUUGGUUCUGGGACCUCUUGGAGGUACGUGGACCUGAAUUAUGCGUUUAAAGCUCGACGUGGGGCAAACAUGCAAUGGAGGUCGCUAGUAAUUGGGUUGGUCGUGUUGAGACUUUCUGUUAGCUGCGUCCUGUGGCUAGCUUUCGGAUUGGGACCGAACCUUAGCUUGGGUUUCAACUUCCAUUUGAAUUUUAACUUGCACAAACUAGACCUGCUGUUCAGGGAGGAUAAAGACACCGAGUCAAAGGAUAACUCCUGGUCUCAGCGAAUCCACGGCCCCAAGUAUGAGGAGACGGCGACCACCUGCGCCAAGGCUGGAGGAGAGCAGACCUCCAAGAAGAAGAAGUCUUAUCUCCGGCUGUUCGAUGGCAGUAAGGACGAGUACGCCCGGAGAUACAGCGCCUUCCCGGACGCGCUCAAAAGCCAAAUGAAAGAAAUGGCCAGAGAAAUGUUUUAUUUCGGAUACGACAAUUACAUGAAAUAUGCCUUUCCGGAGGACGAGCUGAAUCCCAUUGACUGUGAGGGGAGAGGUCCAGACGUGCUGAACCCAUCAAACAUCAACAUAAAUGACGUUUUGGGGAACUACUCUCUGACCCUCAUCGACGCCUUGGACACCCUCCUGGUGCUGGGGAAUGUGUCGGAGUUCCAGAGAGCUGUCAAACUGGUUAUAGACACCGUCUCGUUUGACAAAGACUCGACGGUGCAAGUUUUUGAGGCAAACAUCAGGAUUCUGGGAAGCCUCAUCUCAGCACACAUUCUCCUGACUGACCCAAAGCAACCGUUUGGACAGGUGAGCUUUGAAGGUUAUGAUAAUGAGCUGCUGCACUUGGCCCAUGACCUGGCCGUCCGCCUGCUGCCUGCCUUCGAGCACACCGACACCGGCAUUCCCUACCCCAGGGUGAACCUGAAGACUGGCGUUCCUCCUGACAGCAUCAAUGAGACGUGCACAGCAGGAGCGGGGUCUCUGCUGGUGGAGUUUGGGAUUUUGAGCCGUUUGAUUGGAGACUCGACGUUCGAAUGGGUAGCGAGACGAGCGGUCAGAGCUCUGUGGAGUCUACGAAGCAACGAGACGGGUCUGCUGGGAAAUGUGAUUAAUAUCCAAACGGGCCAGUGGGUCGGCAAGCAGAGUGGGCUUGGAGCUGGUAUGGACUCCUUCUAUGAGUACUUGCUGAAGUCGUACAUCCUCUUUGGCGAGAAGGAGGACUACCAAAUGUUUCAAGCUGCUUAUGAAAGUAUCCAGAACCACUUGAGAAGAGGGCGAGACUCGUGCAAUGAGGGAGAGGGCGACCCGCCUCUCUACGUCAACGUGAACAUGUACAGCGGUGAAAUCAUGAACACCUGGAUCGACUCCCUUCAAGCCUUUUUUCCUGGACUUCAGGUGCUGAAUGGAGACGUCGAUAACGCCAUUUGCCUGCACGCUUUUUAUUACGCCAUCUGGAAGCGCUUUGGCGCUCUGCCGGAGAGAUAUAACUGGCAGCUGCAGGCUCCCGACGUGCUCUUCUACCCUUUAAGGCCGGAGCUGGUGGAGUCGACUUACCUGCUGUACCAGGCAACCAAAAACCCUUUCUAUUUGCACGUUGGAAUGGACAUUAUGCAGAGCCUGGAGCAAAAUACCAAAGUCAGAUGUGGAUAUGCAACUCUUCACCAUGUGGUGGAGAAAUCCAAAGAGGAUCGCAUGGAGAGCUUUUUCCUCAGCGAGACCUGCAAAUACCUUUACCUGCUUUUUGAUGAGGACAACCCACUUCACAAAUCUGGCCACAAGUACCUCUUCACCACCGAGGGUCACAUCGUGCCUAUAGACAAGCGCUUCAGGGAGAAGCAGUGGGACGACCUGUUCCCGUGCGAGGAGGGAGCGCUGGCAGAACCGGAGUCGACCCACCUAUCGCAUCCAAGCAACAUCAGCAACUGUAACCGGAUCCCGGUAGAGCAGCGGUUUGCGCUGCCGUUAAAAAGCGUCUACAUGAGACAGAUCGACCACAUGGUGGGACUUUUUUGAGGAAGAGUUUCAGUUCCGAUCCUCUACUGAGCCAAGAAGAGACCCUCUGUGUUUUUAAACGUGCUGCUUUGACUCUUGAAGAGGUGUAACACGUCAGACGGGAGGACCAUCACACAUUCGCUGGAACAGCUUGAAGUCAACCGUUGGAAAAAGUCGUCAUUUGUUUAGAUCUUGAACUGAGAUGAAGAGAAGGGCGAGUGUGUUCUUACAGAGUGUUUUGUGUGGAAGCAUUUUAAAAUUACAGCUGGGCUGUGAAUCUUUUUUUUUGUUUUAUUUUUAAAGCUAACAGUGCCAUCAAACUUUACAAAGAUGAAACGCAAAGCCUGUAAAUCUCUUCAAAAAUGUCUUAACAGCUUGUGCCUCCUGGCUGAUCAAUCAGCUGAUCAGUGUAUUCACAUAAGGGCUUCAUAUGAACAAUGUUAGUGAAACCCCAUUUCUCUGAUUUUUAGCAAAAUCAUAAUUGUGGCCAAAUCCAUCUUUUUUAGCUAAAAACUACACACACUUUGGUUUUUCAAGAUCUUAACUGAACCAAACACUACGGUUAACCGCAACACCUUAACCAGGUUAGUCACACUUGUGUUUCGUAGAGAUGUGUGACGUUUAGGAUAAAUCUUAAGUGCCUUGUAUUUUUCUUGGGUUCGUCUCAAAGCUGUGUAUUAAAUGAGGGUCUUUGAGGACACUCAUGAUAUCGAACAAUAAUGUCAUUCCUUUAGUAUGCACAAUGUUACACUCUCCUGUUUGUGAUUCAACAGCCAUAGAAUGUGUUCUUUUAAAAUUAAGAUUAUUUGUUUUAAUAAGUCUGCUGCAUUGUUCCUAAUUUGAUGUUUUUCUGAAGUGCAUAUCAUAAUUAAAUGACAAGUAAAAACUCAGGGUUUGUUCAAAAAAACAAAAAAUGAUGUUUUCAUUAAAAAUUAUUUUUUUUCUAUAUA